GACGGACCCAACGUUUCUCAUAUUCCUGGUUGCGAUAGCAGAGAAACGCGGCGUCGAAACGGAACGAGCCGAAGACACGACGGAUUCACGCGCCUCAUGACAAUUUCGAAGGGCACGUAAGGUCGAUGUUGGGUCGUGGUGUGAAACGGAAGUGGAGCUGUUUGGCGGAGCUGGAGACGGAGACCCUCCCCACUGCUGCUGAAAAGGAGAAAAAUGGGGAUGAAGACCUGGAGGAGGAAGGCGGCUUCCUCGUGGGUCCGUCCAAAUCCAACAUGAGCCACCUGCAGCAGCGUCAGCUGGUGCUCGGCCUCUGCUUGGAGAAGCUCCAGCACUACCAGGCCGGGGUGGAGCUCAGCCUGCGUCGCUCCGUGUUGCUCAUCAACACGCUCAGGCAGAUCCAGGAGGACAUGCAGAGCGAGGGGGUGGGGACCUGCACGUCGGAAGUGCUCCUCAACGGCGUCCACGCCGACUCCUGCCUUCUCAGGGACGACGUCAGGGGAGACAUGCCGGUUACGUGCCCCGGGUGUGCAGAGGGUGACGGGAACAACCUGUCUCUGUCCCCACCGCUGUCCCCAGAAUUCCCCUCUCAGGAGGCGAACAGCUCACCUGACCAGCAGAAAUCACUUCCCGCCGCAACGAUCAACGCUUUUAGUGAUGCAGUAAACGCCAUGGGCUACCUCGGCGACCUCGCCCUGGACGACAUCUUCGAGGACAUUGACACGUCGAUGUACGAGACCUCAGAUCUGCCUUCCGCCUGGGCGGCGGGCUCCCUGUGGCCCGUCAGCGUGUCGCUCUGGGCAGACGAGGACGUUAAAAUGCGUCCUUCGAGCCACGCCUCAGCUGGGAGCCUCCAGUCAUGUCUGAUGGACCUGAACGAGCUGGACCACAUCAUGGAGAUUCUGGUAAAGUCCUGAUCUCCGACACAAACUCCUGAACAUUUACUGGACUUGGUUAAUCAAGAAUUGGCAGUCUGAUCACAGCUGCUCCAGCUCAAAGUGGAGACAGGGAACAAGGACCGAUUAGAGGGUCGUCGGUCUCUAAUGUGACUUUGGGACUUUUAAGGCUCCAUCUUAUAUAUUGGUUGAAAAUGUGUUUUAAGCAUCAGCUAGUUUAAGGUAGAAUAAAACACUAAUUCUUAUGCACAUAACUCAUCUAGAGGGAACCAUCCAACACCUUGAGUUACGUACAUGAGCUUACGCCUCAAAUUAGACAUGAAAUAUUUUUUUAAGCAGAAGAAGAAUCCAGAUUAAAAAGUCUCGAGAUUAAGAAACAUAAAAGGAACAUCCAGUCUCAAACGCUUUUAUACUGUUUCUGGUUGUUAUAACUCAGGUAGAUGACUGGCAAAGCACACUUUCAGUGAUGUCAAGGCGCAUUCAAAUAUUAUUUUAUGCCCAGUGGAAUUAAAUGGUAGGAAAUUUUAGCUGUCAGAUAUUUCUGUUGAUAUUCAACAAGGAGAAAUACACGUUUGAACAGACAGAAAGACCAAUUUCUGCACCCACCGGGGCAGGAAACAGAUCGGGUGGCUCUGCAGUUUCAGGGCAGGUUGCGUUUUGAGUCGUGGGUGAAUAAUCUGCAGUAAAAGCAGAUGAGGCGUGUCGAGACGAAGUUGGUGCAUGUCAGAACAGACAGGAUUAGACAGCACUGACUGAUGCAUGCGACAGUGGAGGAGUAUCUCAAGUUGGAUUUUCCUUAAUUUGGUGAAACUGUAAAUGCAGAUGGAACCUUAAAUGUCCAAUCUCACAGUGUUUGUGCCACUUUUCUCACCUGUUUUAUGAAGUUUUAGAAACAGCAGCAGCACCUCUCUGAGUCGUGCGUCACGCAGGCUGUCAGAUCAGACCUGGGUUGAUUAUUAAUUGAAAUCCCUUCAAUUACUUAAGAGGUUGUGCUUCAGCCAGCCGGGAGGGCAAAGGCCUGGGAUUCCUUUCAGUGUGCGGACUGAAUGGUUUUUACGGCUCCAUGUAGGAUCUUUAAAUUAGAAACUUGACAUCAGCCAAAUGUCUUUGUGGCCGUGGUCGUGCGGCAGUCCGAGGGUGGACACAUGGUCCACAUAUUUAUUUGGCUUGUGAAAAGAAGAACGUGGCCACUGAAUUUAGGGAUUCACCAGCCAAAGAAGAAGCUUCCAAUCCCUGGAGAUGAACGCCACGUUCACAUUGAUCACAAGACAGGCGAAAAAUGGAUUACAUCUAGUUGCUCCGAUAGAGAAAGGGUAAAAAGUUUUUUGAACGCCUUUAUCUAAUAUUAUUCUUAUUUAUGAAUGAAAAAUCAACCAUGAACUGCAGCAGAUAUUAUUUCUUCUUCGUAUGUGAAGUCUAUUGUUUUGGUGUGAGUGUAACUUAUAAUUCAGAUUCUUUAUGACCUUGGACCGUCAGCGUACUGGCUGCCAUGUCUACUGCUUUUGCUGUCGCUCUUGCACCAUUUGCUGCAUCAAAUGGGACAAACUAUCAGAGCCUGUAUAAGAAAUAUUCUCAUCCUUUCACCAUGAGGUUGAUGUGAACAGUUUUCCUUCUCGGCAGCUUGUAUUUACGGUAAAUGCAACGUGUCAUGAACGCAGCGUAAAACAUGUAUUUUAAAUAGAAGUUUUAUUCCCAGUCUGGUUCUGACUGAGGAGCUGAUCGCCUCAAGUCAACAAUCAGGACAACUUUGCCAUGUCUCAGAAUUGUAAAGACAACAGACGCCUAUGUAUUUUUAUGGCCAUGAUGGUAUGAAUUUCUAAUGUUGGGAGUUUUUUAAAGCAGUUUUGUAUGUGUUUCUACCUGAAACUCCGAUCACCUGUCCUGUAGAGGAGAUGCAGUGAGUGAAGGACUGUGAUGAAGAAGAUGUUUGACUUUCACUAUCUGUGGUUUACUCCUGUUCUACCUCCUGAUGUCUGUUUGUUGUUGGUUUACCUGGACACUCCUGUUUUACACCAUGAGCCAUCUGUCAUUUGUUUAUUUCAUCCUUUUAACUGAACUGAAAACCCGAUUCUUUUCCUGUCAGACCAAAGUGAUCCGUCCACGUCUGCAUCUCUCGUCUCAUGUCGAAAACGUGCCUUACUACUGAACCUAAUUUGUAUUUGUGUUGAAGGUUUUGUGGUUGUCUGAGCUCGAGCUUCAUUGAUAAAAACCUAAGAACUACGGCGAGGUGUUACGUAAAGCACUGAGAGCCAGGGCCGCCAUCGCUUCUUCCUUCUUCUUGGCCUUUUUCUGUGCUCGGUGAACAUAUGAGCUUAAUGAAUCCUGACAGGCUGACAGUGAACUAGCUGAGGGAGGAGGUGGUAGCGAGGGCCAGGAGGGAAAAAUAAGAGGAGGACAUGGAGGAGGAGGAGGGGUGGGAGGAAGCAGCUUGCGUCACUUGUUCAGUAGGAGGGGUUUAAAGCUUGUUUUGCCCAGACUCGGACGACAGACCAAUCACAUGAGACGUUCGAGGAGCAAGAUUGAUGUACGAUGAGCAAACUGCUGCUCCAACAACAACUUGUUUUUGCUCCUAAAGGCUCAGCGCAGACAUGCGGUGUGAAUCUGUUGGGUUUUCAGCAUGUGAAAUAAAUCCACUUCUCUUGUUUUUUGUUUUUUUUUCAUUCAUAUAAUCUAUUUGACAGGAGUGAAAACAAAAAGCAGAAAGCUGCAGUGUUAUUUAUAAUUGUAUGAAAGUACAGAGUGUCAGUAGGGUCUGUAAAGCACAAGCUGUAUGUUAUUGAUGCUGAUUAUGAUAUAAAUGUAACUGAAGGAUGACUUUGUUAGGAAAUAAGAUGAUAAUUAAUAAUGUAUUGUAUUUUUUGUGGAAUAUUUUAUAGAUUUUAUUCAAUAAUACAGUA